UGAAGAAGAGGAAGCAUCUGCUUAAAUUUGUAUAGAGGGAAAAGUUGAUUUUGAGAAUCCAACUGUAGGGGAUCCAAGCAGCCAAAAGCACUGCAGGAGAUUAAAGAAGUUCCGGAAGCUGUGAAGGAAAUGACUCAAAGAACUGUCUCAAUAUCACUCUUGCAACACUUCCCAUGAAUCCGAUACUAUGCAAUGAUAAAGUAUUGUCGCAGCAUUACAACCACUUCAGGCUCAAGCAUUUCAAUCAUCUCUGAGUCUCAGACCCAAGACCCUAAGGUAAACAAGAUACCAGCCUUUUGCAAGGAGGAGGUUUCACUCCUGUUUAUUUCCAAGGACAAGAGGAUGGCUGCCACUCUAGGACUUAUUUCCAUGCUUUGUUGUGUCAUGUUAUUUCCUAGGUUGCAUGCUGUCCUUUUGUAUACAGAGUCAAACUCAUCAUCCUCACCCAUUACCAACUUGAUGCUGAAUCCUGAAAAACUAAAGCUAACCUGGGACAGCAGUGUCACUGUUACUGAAUACACCUGUUCUAUGGAAGUAGGCCGGAGAGUUGUACGGAAAACGGUGUACAAUAAAACCUGCAUGUUUAGCAUAAGCCAAGCUAAGCCUAUACAUAAAGGGGCAUUAUUUCUAGUUCAAGCAACGUACAACCACACUUUCUAUUCAGGAGAAGGCAGAUUCAUUCCUCAAGGUAUGAAUGGAACUUCUGUUGAAAAUUUCUCCUGUGUGAUUUACAACAUUUCCUUCAUGAAUUGCACUUGGGAGGUCGGCAGGAAUGCUCCAGAAGAUACCCGAUAUUUUCUUUUCUGGCAAUACUCAAAGGAAGAAGAUGAACAAGAGUGUCCACAUUACAUAGGAGAUGCAACUGGAAGACAUAUCGCAUGCAGUUUUCAAGAUGUGAAAAACAUUAAAAAUACAGUUUACUUCCUGGUGAAUGGGUCCAGCAAUGAAUCGGAGAUUCAGUUUUAUGAUGAGUAUAUCAACUUAUAUGAAAUAGAAAAACUCACUCCUCCAUUAAAUAUCACUGUAAGCUGUUCUGAAGACCGAGCAGAGUGUAGAGUGCGAUGGAAAUGGCCCCAGAUAAGCCAUUUGGAAGGAAAUGGAGAUGGCUGCUUUGAGUAUCAAAUUGACAUUCGAAAUAAGAAAACUAAUGCCAAUCCCAAGGAAAGCUGCAACGAGUGUCCUACGUCCAAACCAGCUUUCUGUGGUUUUCUCAACUUUUCCAAAACACACCAGCUAGACUUUCUUGUUCUCUUUGUUUUUCUCCAUGCUGGCUUUCGCUUGUCUCGCUCAUUAUGGGCUGCCUCUGCAGGUAACCCAGAUGAUGCAGUUCUUACAUAUAAAACUGUUUUACUCCUCAUAGCACUUGGAACAAUCCUUGUGGCGCUGGUAAUAUUUUUUCUCUGCAAAAGAUACUGCAGUCUGAAAAAAUUGUUUUCUCCAGUUCCGCAACCAAAAAACAAAUUUGGUGAACUUUUCCAAAUAUCUGAUAAAAAUAUACAGAGGGAAUGGAUGGAUCUACCACCCACAAAAUAUGAAACUGAAGAAAUAACUACUGUCGAAGAAAUUAAAUGACUUCUAAAAGCAAAAUGAAGCACUUGGAUUCCCCAACUCAAACAAUUACAAAUCCUCAUGGCAAUUUUGUAUGUUUGCACACUCGCUCCCUUUCUCUCCCCUACAAAUGUUGCCUGACACUUCCGUUAUAAGACCCUCUUUCAGUUUCUUCUAAGUUUGUCAAAUUUGAAUCACUUGGACAGAAGCUUUUCCAUGCUGCGUGUCUGCUUGAGGGUGAAUAUUCUUGGAGUGUUUAAAAAAAAACCCAAACAUUUCAGUAAUUUGUUAGAACAACUUUAGGGGAAAAAAUGUUAUUUUGCGCAUAUUAAAAGACCUCUUACAACCUUUCCAUUGACAAUCUCUAGCAUCUCCCUGCUUUGAAACUGGUGGAAAUCCAGCGCGGGUGUUGCUGUGGUGACAAGAAUGUGCUUUAUUCAUCCUUAAGAAUAUCAACCCAAAUUUGGCGAAGUUAUUAAUCGUUGAAAAAUCAUGGUUCACACAUGCUAAGUGGAGACUUGUUAAAGCAUUUGGCAGCCAAACUUCUUUAGGUCCUCACAUCAGACUAUGUCUAAAUCUUGGUGAUUCUUUCUGUAUAACAUCUGUAAGAUGCAUCUUUUUCUGUCCAUCCUCACAGCUAAAAUUCUAAUCCAGGCCCUCAUGAUCUUACAACUUUAUUAUUAUUUUUCUCUGGCAUUAAGAAAUGCAGCCUUUACCCACUUUUAUCCAUUCAGAAUGCUGCUGCAAAGAUCACUUACUUAGCGCCUACCCCAUUUAUACUGCUGUUCAUUCUUUUAGUUGUCCAAUCACUGCUAACCUUUCUGGUGAAAACUGAAACAAAAAAGGCAUUUAAUACAUGAGUCAUUGCUGUGUUUUCUGUUAUUGUCAUUCGCUCCUCAUUGAAUAGUGGGCCUACCAUAGAAUCAUAGAAUAUUAGGGUUGGAAGAGACUUCAGGAGGUCAUCUAGCCCAAUCCCCUGCU